AUGUCAUGCGAGUCUGUGCUGGCUGGACAGAGGUGGCAGGACAAAGUAGUGAUCAAUGGUGACAAUACUGAGAACUGGGGCGUCAGCAGACAGCUGCUGCCGCCCCCAGAUGUUAGUGUCUAUGGAGCUACCGUGCACUGUUUUGGCCCAGAUACAGGGAGGGGUGUCUUUCUUACCAUCAUGACUUGGCGCCUACUUCAGGCCGGGGAAGUGGGAGAUUGCAAAUCUGUCCAGAAGUCAGCGCUGGCUGUGAGUUUCCACACGUUUCAGCAGAGCUGCAACCUCUUGCCUUGGCACGCUGUCAUGUCAGAGAUUUGGCUCAUUUUCUGUCGGCCAGAACCGACCACUAGUUUACGCAGGGAUGAGAAUCUUUGGGAUGUCGGGCAUGAAGCUUCCACAUGA